CCCCUCGACGCCUCUUCUCCAAGUACAUCCACCACCUGAACCACAUUCAUUUUCCCGCCACCUGCAACUAUCGUUCCCCUCGCUGCAGCGGGUCUGCAAUCUACGUUUACUAUCAUUACUUUACCAGUCCACUCUCUCGCCAACACUACGAAACUACGCACAAUGGUCUCCACGACGGCCCGCCGAACCUUUUCAUUCCUCCCCCCACUUCUCUUCGUCGUUAUAUCCUUUAAUCUUCUUUUCCCGCUCGUAUCUGCGAACAUAUUCCCAACUACCCCUGUUCAAUCAACGGUAUGGCUGGCGGGUCAACCAGCAGUCGUAACCUGGAGUGACGACGGGACGAUCCCAACCACUGACAUGAUGGGCCCGAUGGUCAUUGAACUGUGGGAGAAUAUGAGCACAUUCGUAAGCACGCUCGCUUCAAACGUAAACGCGAAGGCGGGAUCGGCACAGGUGACCGCUCCUACAAACGUCAAAGACAACACGAAAUACACCGUGUGCUUCGUAGUACUCGAGCCGCUUCAACUUACGGUGUAUAGCGGGGACUUUACUAUCGCCCCUGCUGCUGCUGCUGCGCCCAACCCACCAGCGCCAGCAACACCCUCCCCUGUCCCUAUCCCUCCUAGCGCCUCUGCUGUCUCCGCGGGAAGCACCCCGUCCGGUGUACCACCCGUCCCAGGGAGCGGCAAAGGCCCAAUCGGAGCACUUCCACCAGUCCCUACAGAUCCAAAUACCGCCGCCGCACUCGCUCUUGCAAACUGGUCAGCCAUCGCGACGGCGAUGAGCGGCCUGACGCCAACCACCAACGGAACGCUUUUGAAUAUGACCGCUCUGUCAGCCACCAACGGUUCGGUACCGUUGGCUCCUCACCCUAACGGCCACACGCGGGGCUCUGCCAACGGUGCAAGCGGGAAGUUUGGUGUGAAGUACGACUUCACGAUUAUGUUUACUAUUUCUUUGGCAUCGGCUGGCGUGUUUAUGAUCAUGUAACGGUAAUUAGGCACUCGCACACGCACCUGUGGACGUUGUUUCUUUUUUUGUGUAGCCCUUAGAAAG